AUCAAGAAGCUGUGGUUUUACUGUCCAUGCCCGUUCUACAAUAUAAAUUACCAAUCUAUCUCUUGUUGAGCUUGGUCCUAUAUCACAACUGAAAAUGGAGGGUGCUCGUAAAUAGCAGAAGAUGUAUUCAGUGCGGCAUUUUAAUUUGUUUUUCUCUCUCUUUUUAUUUCUUCAUGUCAAGUUCUGCGCUUAUUGCCGCCAAAAAGAGAGUCGAAGUCUCGUUAAAGAAAUUUGAAAUACCAACAGAAAAUAAACCAGAAAAGACAAAAGAAUGUAACAAUGGUGCUCUUUAUUUAUCUUUGUUACAGUCACGUCUCAAUUGGGCAACAUCAAUCUUUGUAAAAUAUAAACCAGAUGGAGAACAGCAACCAAGAAGAGCUCCAGCCACUCGAAGAAAGUGGCCAAACAUGAAAUACUUGGGAUCGUGUACACUUCAUUUAGGCCCACACUUAUUUCAAGAUACAAGCUUUUAUGAAGCAACUCGGUCAGAAUCAUGGUCGAGGAUUAUUGAAGCCCAUCAAGGCGUUUCAGUAAAAAGAGACGAUCCUGAAGAAUCAACUAAUGAACAACCUAAUGAAAUAGACAUAGCAAGUAGCGAUCAACAAAAUAAUAGCAGUAGUAGUAGUAGUGGUAAUGACAACAUUGAAGGGAAUAUAAAUGGCAACCAUCAGCAAGAACCACUACAGCUUCAAUGGACUGAUGUCGUGUUUGAACUGAAAGAAGUACCAAGUGAACGUUAUGUGUUUCCAAAGGAAGCACUGAUCUCCGUAUGCAAUGACCCACUCGAAGUGAGGGUAUCGUUUGCAUUACCUUUAGAUCCAGAUAUGGCAGACGGUUUUUUUGAUACACCAAAAGACAAAAUACUAAAACAUGGGCACAAGUAUGAUGUGGAGUAUGUUAACCAUAUCCUAGCGACGACAACAGAAAAACAAAAGAUAGAAUUACCAUUUGAACAGUACGAACCAGCCAACAUUCUAUUAUCAAACGUGAACCCAGAGAUCGUAGAAGCGGUGAAACGUGUGGUUCAAGAUCCAAAAGACGUAAAGAAGAGACUAAGUCUAAAAGUAAGCCUGUUCCCACAAAAGAGAUACAUUCAAUUCGACAACAAUAAGGCACAAGAGAUUAAGAAUCUCUUGAUGAGGAUACAGACAGUGCCUGAUAUCAUAACUGGACCCAUCAUGGCAGAAAAAAAGAGAAAUGAAAUCUUGAAUGCUAUAAAGCUCGGCAAACGAGAGCGAGAUGAAAAGUUUGAGGCUGAGUUGCCCAAGACAAAAAUGCCUGGUAUAAGAGACGAAAGUAUGUUACGGUGUACAUACUGUGGUACUAAAUAUACAUCCAUGUGGAGACCUGGCCCUGGAGGUCAUGGUACGCUUUGUAACAGCUGUGGCAUUCAGUGGAAACGAGGUGAAAUCUUGGAAGGUGCGCCUGUGAUCAGCCUGAGGGAAGAAAGAAAGCUGCUGUGGGAAAGAAAGCAACGAGAGAAAGCAGCUGAAGCACUUGAGAUGGAAAAGUUGGAAAAAGAUAACAAAAAGCUACAAAGAAAACUCGAACGAACAGUAACUGAUGCGUCAUGUUCAGAUGGAACAAGAGGUGCUUAUUUUGCAGCACAGUUGGUUCAACAGCGACAAAACAAAUUCAAAAAGGACGCUUCUCCCACCAACGAUCAAGCUUCAUUAUGUGCGUCCAAUAGUUCAGGCCAUAUAUCACUUCCUCCAACACCUACAAACACCACCAACACGACACCACCGUCAAUGAUACCGAUAGCACCAGGACAACAACAACAACAGCAGCAGCAAGCAAGUAUUCCUGCUCCUACAACUCAACCUUUUUCUCUGUAUAGUGCAGGUGGUAUUCCUUUGCCAACGUUAUCCAUUGAUUUUGGAGGAGCCCUAACGUUUUCUCAUCCCAAUUGUGGCAUCACACUCCUGGACAUCUUUUUCUCUAUCAGACUAUGUAAAGAUGGAUAUGAGCAGACCACGAUACAGAUCGAUAAAAGAGAAUUGGUCAAUUCAUCGUUUGAAAUUAUAAAAGAAGGAGAUGCUCAGAAUACGCGAGAAAUUCUAAAGAUGAAUAUAGCGUCAGCUGAACCUAAGGCUAUUAAUGCCUUUGGAACUAUGCUCAUGAUUGACAGCCAACAACCAAUAACUGUACGCUUUCUAGAAAAGUUAGACCCAAGUGGAGGUGCUGUCGUUCAGAGAAUCUUACAGCGAUGGCUCGUUACAUUUCCUCAACAAUAGAAAGGGAUAAUAUUUUUAGUUUUAUUAAAUGAUUAUGAUACAAAUGAUCUUCUAUUCAGUCUUUUCCUCCUUCUUCUCUUCUU